AGUAGUCAAAGAGAACGCAUGUGCAGAAAAGCGACCACGCACAAAUAAAAUAAAUAUAAAGAAAAAAAUAACAUAACGAGCUACACGAAAGGUUAACAGUUUGAAGUAGAGAAGAAAGCAGAGUUGAGUUAAAUACACAACAUCAUCGGGCCCCAAAAGUCAUUAGUGAAGAGUGUCUGUGAUAAUGUUUAAAGGUGUUCCAACGCUUGCGAAUCUUAAUCUGCGAUUGCUGAAGAGUCAGGUCAAAACUCCACGCCUCACGCUGGUCAAUGGCCUAGUGCUGGUGCGACGCAACAAGGCAACGGCUACCUCUCUGGACAUCGCCGACGCGGAUCCCAAGACCGAUCAGAUUAAUCUCGAUGUCUAUAGUCAGGAGGACCUCUUGAAACGCGCCAGAUUUGGGCAUACGGGCAAACAGGUUCAAAAGAAAAUCGCAUCUGAGAAGAAAUUGCGAACUCCACCACUAUUGGACUUGGUGUUUGCCAAUCGGAAAUUAUCCUUUUAUGAUCCCAGCUCUGGACCGAAGCAACGCGAGGAACAUGCCAAACUGGAACAGCGACGCAACUAUUCGAUGAGGCCUCAUCGCGAGCAGGAGCAACGCAAUGCCGAGGAUGUGUUGUUCGAUAUGUUCGCCAGCGAGGAGACUGGACUCAUAUCGAUGGGCAAAUUUCUGGCCGGACUAAAGACCACAGGAAUUCGACGCACCGAUCCUCGUGUGCGCGAGUUAAUGGACAACCUCAAGAAGGUGCACAAGCUGAACAACUACGAGACAGGAUCCUCGGCAGAGACUCAGCAUCUAAAUCGCGAGACCUUCAAAGCUGUCGUUUCGCCAAAUAUUGUGCUCAUUGCCAAAGCAUUCCGUCAGCAGUUUGUGAUCCCCGAUUUCUCUAGUUUCACCAAGGACAUUGAGGAGAUCUAUUGCAACUGCAAGUCUAAUACGCUCGGCAAAUUGGCCGAUUACAUUCCCCAGCUGGCACGCUACAGUCCCAACUUUUGGGGCGUCAGCAUCUGCACUGUGGAUGGGCAACGCUUCUCCAUUGGCGAUGUCGACGAGCCCUUCACACUUCAGAGUUGCAGCAAGCCCCUGACCUAUGCCAUUGCCCUGGAGAAGCUCGGGCCCAAGGUGGUGCAUUCCUUUGUCGGCCAGGAACCGAGUGGUCGCAACUUCAACGAGCUGGUUCUCGAUCAGAAUAAGAAACCUCAUAAUCCCAUGAUCAAUGCGGGUGCCAUACUUACUUGCUCUUUGAUGAACGCACUGGUCAAGCCGGACAUGACCUCUGCUGAGAUCUUUGAUUAUACCAUGUCAUGGUUCAAGCGCUUGUCUGGUGGCGAAUACAUUGGCUUCAACAAUGCUGUGUUCCUCUCGGAACGUGAGGCUGCAGAUCGCAACUAUGCCUUGGGCUUCUAUAUGCGCGAGAACAAGUGCUUCCCGAAGCGCACUAACUUGAAGGAAGUGAUGGACUACUAUUUCCAGUGCUGCUCCAUGGAAACCAAUUGCGAAGCCAUGUCUGUGAUAGCUGCCAGUCUGGCCAAUGGUGGCAUUUGUCCCACCACUGAGGAGAAGGUCUUUCGGCCUGAAGUCAUCCGGGAUGUGCUCUCGAUUAUGCACUCUUGCGGCACUUACGACUACUCGGGUCAGUUUGCCUUCAAGGUGGGCUUGCCAGCCAAGUCUGGUGUGAGCGGUGGCAUGAUGCUGGUCAUUCCCAAUGUGAUGGGCAUCUUUGCCUGGUCGCCGCCUCUUGAUGAUCUGGGCAACACUGUGCGCGGUCUACAAUUCUGCGAGGAGCUGGUCAACAUGUUCAAUUUCCAUCGCUACGAUAACCUGAAACAUCUUUCCAACAAGAAGGAUCCGCGCAAGCAUCGCUACGAGACCAAAGGUCUCUCCAUUGUCAAUCUGCUCUUCUCGGCAGCGAGUGGUGAUGUCACCGCAUUGCGUCGUCAUCGCCUCUCGGGCAUGGACAUCACACUGGCCGACUAUGAUGGACGCACUGCUCUGCACUUGGCUGCCUCCGAGGGUCACUUGGAGUGUGUGAAGUUCCUGUUGGAGCAGUGUCAUGUUCCACACAAUCCCAAGGAUCGUUGGGGUAAUCUGCCCGUCGACGAGGCCGAGAACUUUAAUCACUCGGAUGUUGUUGAGUACCUUAAGAGCUGGGCUGAGAAGGUGAAGGAUGCACCCGAGGAAUGUUUCCCCGAAGCUGUGACCACCAAAACAGCAGCCGAUGAGGAGAUUUCAACCGACACUGUAACCAGUCCAGAUCGCAGUGGCAACACCAGUCCCGUACCUUCAGAGGCUGGCUUCAGGAGCCCCAGUCCAGUGUCCUCGGAGUCGGACAGCACGGCGAGUGUUGCCAGCGUGGACAAAACCAAGCCAGGUCUCUAAGCAGAUAGCAAGCAAGUGAAAGAAGAGAGAGCGCGAGAGAGAUUGAAAGAUACGAGACAUAGAGCUGUAUUGACAGAAGAUAUACAUACAUACCUGUAGAAUCUCGACUAAAUUAUUGCUUUAUAAUCUAGUUAAUACAUGAUUUUUAGUUAGCUAUCAAGUUGUGGAACUUGUAAUUCUAUUCAUUGUAAGCCCAACAUACCAUACCACUAUAUCAUAUAUACUAUUAUACACGUACAUAAGAAAAUUAGUUGAUGUGUACAUAUUUAUUAUUUACGCUUCUCCGAUCAAGCUGAAUAGCGGCAUUUGUACUACUACAAUUCGUAUGUGUAGGGCUUAGAUAGAUACCCACUUUUAUGGUGCAGAGUUAUCGAGAGCAAUGACAAUAAAAAUGUAUUUAAAAAUAUGAA